AUGGCUGAAGAACUAGUUCACAUUGAAAUAUAUAUAAAAGAUGACACAAAUAAAACAGGAAAAAAAAUAGCAUACGAAUGUGUGGAUAACGAUAAAAACAUUUUAUUUUCACCUUAUAUAUUCCCGGAUUGUAUCGGCGAAUGGGCAGCUGAUAGUGAUGUUAUAACAGAAUGUUCCGUCAAUACAUUACGUCACAGACUAAACGUAUUUCAAACAGCUGUUGCUGUACCUCCAGAUGUUACUUCUAAAAUAGAAAACAUUAUUAAAUUUAUAAAAAAACCCAAAGAUAUCUACGUCGGUAUUCGCGCUAUUUAUUAA